CUGGUUCGGCGGGAAUUGCAGUUGGGUUUUGCCCCCUCAGCGUUUGAACCAGAGUCGACUUGUGUCCAUGUUUAUUUCUUGCUCUUGCUUACUUGCUUGUAGGCUUCUUUCUUGUCUUCGUUCUUGUCGUCUUCUGCCACUGCUCUUCGCUCCUCCAUCCACCUUUCUUCCCUUUGUUCAGCAGCUUGGUGGCGAACGUGUCGGAACAUAUGUACAUACUCCAGUCGUCGCUUGAUCCAAAAGAAAACAGAGCACACCAGCCCUAAUUGUUACACUGUACACCCCUCGUUCAAACCACGCAGAACCGACGAUGCGCGACCGCAUUGUGACCCGAGCUUCGCGGAGAAGACGAACGCCAAGCCAAUGGUGCUGGAGCAGAGUACGCGCGCCUCAUCCAGCACGUCAGCACGCUCACGUGUGCGACGCAAGAACCACCGUGAGGUUUGACGUCGCUCGCUAUAGGCACAGCCACAGCUUCCAGUAUCCCCGCCAAGUCAAGGAGAACAAGAAGGAAGACCAGCACGACGACAACGAGAAGGUGGAGUGCACCAACAACUACAACAAGAGCGACAACAACAAUGGCAAGAGCGUGACAACGGUUGAUGACGGCUACAGGGGCGCGAGUGAGGACGAGCAAGCAGCUGUAGAGGAAGACGCCGAGACGAAUUUGUUGCUGCAGCUGCUCGGGGCUGGUGAUGGUGAUGGUGAUGGUGAUGACGAUGGCAAAGGCAAUUCCGCACGCACGGCAAGCAAUCACAACCAACACACACGCAUGUUCCCCGAUCCAGACGACAUCGACAAGCUCUUUGAAAGGCCAAAGGCCAACAAACGUGGAUCCGCGUCCUCACUGCAAGCGUCCCGUUGCCCACCAACGCCGACACGGCCCACCACACGCCUCGUUCGAAGCGCGCCGAAGCCCAAGAUCCUGUUUCCAAGCCUGGCCACAGACGCCCUCAAACAAGACGCAAGCUGAAAAGCCAGUGGUGCCAUGGCAUGUGUAU